AUGAACUUAGUGACAGUUUUGGUGCUAACCAGGCCAUCUAUGCGUUCCCCAGUCAACGUUCUUUUAUGCGCAGUGGCUUGUUGCGAUAUACUCGUUGAAGUCUCUUACCUCAUUUUUGUUUUACAUUUUUUAUUGGCUUCAGCAGAUCGUUGUGAACCUUCAGAUUUUAGUUGGUGCUGGGCUGUUUUUAUGAUGUUUCAUGCACAUGCUUCUGUUAUUUUUCACGCUGCAAGUAUUUGGAUGCUUGUAGUUAUGGCUCAACUAAGAGUUUUAACUAUUAGAAGAGCCACGAAAGGGCCAACAACUCCAUUAAUAACAGAACGCUUUACUGCAUUAAUUGCUUUACUCACAACCAUUAUAAUGGAAGAACAAGCAAGCGUUAUUCUUCCAUGUUGGCAACCUUCUACUAAUUAUUUAACGACUGUGCCUUCAAAUUAUAAUACUGGCAUUGAAGGAUUUAUAAAUAUUACUUCACCAAUAAAUAAUACAAAUAAAAUUAGAAGACAUAGACUAAAACGUUUUCAACGAGAACUACCAACUUUAAUUGGAAAUGACCAUUAUAAUAAUUUAACUAAAACGACACAACCUCCCACAAUUUUUAAUAAUGAACCAAUAGUUUAUACAGUUCGUCCACACGAAAGUGAUUGUAUGAAUCUUAAAUUAGCUUUUUGGACAAACGGAAUUUUAUUUAAAGUAAUUCCCUGUAUUUUACUUACAUUUUCUAUUGCUGCUUUACUAAGAAUUAUUGCGGAUGUUGCACAUAAAAGAAAGAAUCUGGCACAAGUUAUGCGCAAAAAAGUUCCAAAAGAUCAUACAACUCCAAUGCUUGCUGCAAUUUUAACAAUUUUUCUUUUGGCUGAAUUACCUCAAGGUCUUUUACACGUUUUGAAUGGAAUAUUUUCUUCUGAGUCUUUUCAUAAACGUGUGUAUUUGCCUUUGGGUGAUUUAAUGGAUCUUCUUUCUCUCUUAAAUUCGGCUGUUGGAUUUUUAAUUUAUGUUGGAAUGUCAAGGAAAUUUCGAACAGUUUUCCUGCAAAUACUCUUUUCAGUUUUGCAUUUUAUAUUGAGGUAA